UCCCAGAUGAUAAAGAUACUUUAAGGAAAGCACUCAGUACAAGUUUUGCAGCGAGAAAAGCCUGGAAAUGAUGUGCUCAAGCUUAGGAAAGGAGAAGGAAAUCAUAGCUUCAGAACUUGCCAGAAAGGUUCAGCAACUGAAUGGAAUGGAGGAACUUCUUGCUGAUCUUAAGGCACAAAAUGAGAUCUUGUUGGCUAAAGUACAAGCUUGUGCUUCCGAGCACAAGGAAAGGAGGUCCGCAGGAGAGACUCAAGGAAAUGCUGCCUUGCAAGAGCGAAACAAGGAACUUUCAGAACAACUUCUCAAAUCCCUUGAUGGCUAUAGAUCCCUCAAGAGGAAAUACAGAGAUGUUCAAGAAGAAAAUAAUGGCCUUCACAAUACAAUAGCAGAAAUUGAGGGGCAAGUGAAAGUCCAACUCGAAAGUAUAUGGGAACUGAAAGCCAGGAUGAACGAACAGACAGUGAAUCAUGAAGAGGAGAUUUCAGCAAUAGAGCAUGCAUUGGAGGACCUCACUUUCAAGACCUCUCAGCACCGCGAGAAGAAGGAUUGUUCAAGACCAUAGUCUGAUAUUAUCAAUGCCACUCAACCUUGUGUUCCUGCAAUCACGAGUCACUCAGAACAGAGGAGAAUCAGUAUGGAAUUGUUUAACUAGAGGGAAGCAGUUGUAGUAUGAAAACUAGAAGCGAUUAAUCCAAUUGACUAGUUAAGUUUCUUACCGCUGAAGUCCACUGUCUCCAAAUUCCGAAUACUUGUAUACUUCUAAGUUUUGUUUACAUUUCAAUCUCUUCUGAAAUGCAAGGAUUCAAGUCCUCUAGCCACUCCAACAUACAUUUUGUU